GUCAACAAGCAGUCUGAUUGGGAGUUCCCCUUCAUUGAGAACAGUUCUAAAGGGCUUUCGCCUCAUUUCACUGUCACUUUUUGAGGCUCUUGAAGUGCGGGUGAGAGAUCGUGGCACCUUCUGAAGGCUCUCUCAUUUGCUUGUGAGUGUUGCUGAGAAGGAUGGCCAAGGAAGAGGGUAAAUAAGUUUUGAAUUAAUGUAGAGCUAAAUAAUAAUUUUAGCUUUUCACUCGAACGAGCGUGGGCGUGGCUUUGCGGAAGAACUAAAGUCGAUUAUGCCGCUUCUCUUCAGUUUCUCCUUUCAAUUCUCAACGGAUAAUAAUGGAUAGUUUCUCGCUCUCCACAACUCCACACAUCCUUACCUCCCCCGCUCUCUCCUCCACCACUAGAAAACGCCACUCCAUCGCUUCCACAUCCAUCUCUUUUUCUCUUAACCCCCCACCUCCACCACCAACGGAGCCCGAUAACUCUUCCUCUAUCCGCCGUCCCAAGUCUCUUAAUUCUACUACUACUCCUUCCACACCUACUCCUACGCCCACUCAUAAAUCACCCAACAAUCCGCUCAAAUCCUUUCUCAAUGCUUCUCAUGUCCCCUCCCCAUCUCCUCCUGGUACCAGCAGCAGCAGCGGUAGGAGCACCAACACCACCAAUCGUCACUCUCUCUCCACCAAACUCCGACUAUCUAGCAAGCUUUCCCCUCCUCCUCCUCCUCCUCCUCCUCCUCCAUCUGCUGUUGCUUCUAUUUCCCCUCCUCCUCCUUGCCCCCUACCAAAAACCAAAGGCCAAGAAAAUGAAUCCGGCAAAACUGAAUUUCGCCAAGAGGGAAAGAUUUUUGUUGGCAAUUUACCCAACUGGAUAAAGAAGCGUGAAAUAUCCGAGUUCUUUCGCCAGUUUGGUCCCAUAAAAAACGUAAUAUUGAUCAAAGGACACAAUGAAACCGAGAGGAAUGCUGGGUUUGGGUUUAUUAUCUAUGAUGGUCCAACAGCAGCAAAGUCUGCCAUGAAAGCUGUGGAGUUUGAUGGAAUAGAGUUCCAUGGAAGGACUCUUACAGUGAAAUUGGACGAUGGGAGAAGACUGAAAGCUAAAGCAGAGGAAAGAAGCCGGUGGGUGCAAGGGGAAGAUGGGGAUGAUUAUAAGUCCAAGUGGCAUGAGGAAAGGGAGGGAUCCAGAAAGGCAUUUCGGAGGGUUUUGGAGACAGAGCCGGAAAAUUGGCAGGCGGUUGUUAGUGCUUUCGAGAGAAUUAGAAAGCCUUCCAGAAGGGAGUAUGGAUUGAUGGUGAGCUAUUAUGCAAGGCGAGGGGAUAUGCAUCAUGCUCGUCAAACUUUUGAGAGCAUGAGAGCAAGGGGAAUAGAGCCAACAUCACAUGUUUACACAAGCCUUAUUCACGCUUAUGCAGUUGGUAGAGACAUGGAAGAAGCAUUGUCUUGUGUUAGGAAAAUGAAAGAAGAGGGAGUUGAACUGAGUUUGGUGACUUAUAGCAUAAUUGUGGGGGGAUUUGCCAAAAUCGGAAAUGCUCAAGCUGCAGAUCACUGGUUUAAGGAGGCCAAAGAGAGACAUUCAAAUAUGAAUGCAAUCAUUUAUGGAAACAUAAUUUAUUCUCAUUGUCAAACAUGUAAUAUGGAUAAAGCUGAAGCUUUGGUUAGGGAGAUGGAAGAAGAAGGUAUUGAUGCUCCAAUUGACAUAUAUCAUACUAUGAUGGAUGGCUACACCAUGAUUGGCAAUGAAGACAAAUGUCUUAUUGUAUUUCAAAGACUUAAGGAAUGUGGUUUUACACCCUCAAUUGUCAGCUAUGGAUGCUUGAUCAAUCUGCACACUAAGAUUGGCAAGGUCUCUAAAGCUCUGGAGGUUAGCAAAAUGAUGGAAUCAGCUGGUAUAAAACAUAACAUGAAGACUUACUCCAUGUUAAUCAAUGGAUUCUUGAAGCUAAAAGAUUGGGCCAAUGCAUUUGCGAUUUUUGAAGAUGUUGUCAAGGAUGGGUUGAAGCCGGAUGUGGUGCUCUACAAUAACAUUAUCAAAGCAUUCUGUGGAAUGGGGAACAUGGACCGUGCCAUCUCUAUGGUGAAGAAAAUGCAGAAGGAAAGGCAUAGGCCUACUUCACGGACUUUUAUGCCCAUUAUACAUGGAUUUGCAAAGGCCGGAGAAAUGAGAAGAGCACUAGAUAUUUUUGAUAUGAUGAGGUGGAGUGGAUGUAUUCCAACUGUGCACACAUUUAAUGCUUUGAUUCUUGGCCUAGUUGAGAAGCGUCAGAUGGAGAAGGCUGUUGAAAUAUUGGAUGAAAUGGCAUUGGCAGGUGUUAGUCCGGAUGAGCAUACAUUCACAACUAUCAUGCAUGGCUAUGCAGCCCUAGGUGAUACUGGAAAAGCUUUUGAGUACUUUACCAAACUGAGAAAUGAAGGAUUAGAGCUUGAUGUAUAUGCUUAUGAGGCAUUGUUGAAGGCAUGCUGCAAGUCGGGCAGGAUGCAGAGUGCUUUAGCAGUAACAAAAGAAAUGAGCGCACAAAAGAUUCGGAGGAACACUUUUGUUUAUAACAUACUGAUAGAUGGAUGGGCUCGAAGAGGUGAUGUUUGGGAGGCUGCUGAUCUUAUGCAACAAAUGAAGCGAGAAGGAGUUCAACCCGAUAUUCAUACUUACACAUCUUUUAUAAAUGCUUGUUGCAAGGGUGGGGACAUGCUGAGAGCAACAAGAACUAUGGAAGAAAUGGAAACUACCGGAGUAAAGCCAAAUGUUAAAACCUAUACUACAUUGAUACAUGGGUGGGCACGCGCAUCGCUUCCAGAAAAGGCUUUGAAAUGCUUUGAAGAGAUGAAGAUGGCAGGAUUACAGCCUGAUAAAGCUGUAUAUCAUUGUCUGAUUACAUCAUUGCUAUCGAGGGCCGCUGUUGCUGAAGAAUGUGUGUACUCCAGCAUUCUUUCCAUUUGUAGAGAGAUGGUAGAAUCUGAGUUGAUUGUGGAUAUGGGGACAGCAGUUCACUGGUCCAAGAGUUUACGCAAGAUUGAGAGAACGGGUGGUGAACUUACCGAAGCUUUACAGAAAACCUUUCCGCCUGAUUGGAAUGCACGCCAUUUGGUUGAUGCCGGUCCUGAGUCAUAUAGCGAUGAUGAGCUCAAUAGCAUUGAUGAGAAUAAUUUGUAUUUUGAGGAAACUGAUGGUGGUGUUGAUGAUGGAGAUGGCAGUGAUGAAGAUGAUUACUUUAAGCAGCCACUGUUGGUUUAAAGUAGGCUUAGAUUCAUGGACUGCGAUUUAUAUUAUUUUCUGCUGCUUGGCUUUGCAGCUGUUAUAUAUAUUGUGUUUAACCCAGCUUCUGAUUUUCCCAAUGAUACUUACCAUUUAUGGGAAGAAAAUUAGCAGUUGUAUUUUGUAAUAUUCAAUGUGAAAUUUUGUUGCAGAA